AUCAUUGGCCAAGACGGCGAACGGCGGCGGCAGCGACCUGGAGGCCUGUUAGCUCCUUGUUGAUCUUUUCUCUACCUCCCUUCUCUACUAGUCUAGAAACUUCUAGAAUCUUUUAGCCUUUGUAUCCUUCCAUCUUCCACCUCAAAAGCCUCCAAUAUUGCAAUAGAAUCAAUUGCUCCUUGUACUGGAUUGGUACUAUUAUUUUUGAAACUGCUAUUGUUUCAAGUGAGUGAAGUGGGUCUCUAACAAUCUGGUAUCAGAGCCACCAAUCCCUACUGAGUUCACCAAGCAAGUUGCCAUGGCAAGUGAACAUAAGUUGGAUAUGAUUUUGAGGCGAAUGGAGGAGUUCGAACGGAGGCGGGUGGAGGCAGAGCAGACAAGGAGAGCUGAUUUCCAAUCUCUCAAGGUAGCGUUAGCAUCAUGGAUUCCCCAUUUAGAAUAGCACUGAAGACUCACAUUUUUUAGUUGGGAACAAGCAGUACAAGAUGACGCCCACCAUGUGUUCGACAAAAUGCUUCAGCCCCGAUGUCGAGCCCAAUCUCACUGUUGAUGUGGUUGUUACAUGUGCCACCACUGCUAUGACCUUUGUUGAUCUGGUAGCUGCUGAGGACGCAAUCGGUGCAACCUACAUCUACAAUCCUAUACAGCCCAUGGUAACGCCCGCCAAGUGUUUGACAAAUUGCUCCAACCCCAAUGACAUCCCAGACCUCAUCGUGGUAGCAGUGGUUACGUGCACCUCCACUUCUCUGGCCUCCAUGGACCUAGAAGUUGGUGAGGACGUCGCCUGCACCACUGAAAUUGAUGGCCCUGACUGUCACAAGGAGACGCACACCAAAUGUUCGAUGUUAGGCCUUGAUGUCAAGGGUGGCGCAGACCACGUCGGGGACGUGUUCCUGACAAUGACGGGUGUGGCCAAGGCUGUUCCAAUAUCUAUCGAGUCAAUUGACAUCUUCUCGGCAAGGUUAGUCAGCGACCUCAAGUAGGACAUACCAAUGCCCACCGGGUGUUUGUUGAGAAUCCCUCGAUAUGACAGCAAGACACAGUUCAGUAAAAAGCUAAGGCUGGAGGGGAUUGAAUUGAAGCCAUGGCCACCUCCAACCUACAGUGGAGUGAUUAGUGGACUGAGUUCCGGCCAACGCCUUGGCCAGCAUUCAUCUAUUGUUGGCUUGAAGAACAUCUACUUGAUCCUUGGCCACCAUCAACUGAAUGGGCUAAGUUGAAACCGUGGCCCCCACCACAUGAGAAUGACAUCCUGCCCUUAUUGAUCAAUGGCUUCACCCAUAUCCUGGUGGAUCGAAAAGCAAUUUCAAAAUUCUGGAAAGCGAUUUGGAGUGAGUCAGGUGAAGAAGGAUCAUUGUUUGUUCCUAAGCUAUAUGAGCUGCACUUGAGUGGUCUCCUUCAGCAUUCAGUAAGCAUGAUAUGACAACAGCUUAUGUCAAGGAGAAUAUGGUCCACUAAGGCUAAAAUGAAGAUGUUGAAUGGUUGGGAUUCUAAACAGUACCUGAGCAUUAUGCGGCCUAUUCCAGGAUUGUUUGUUAAACUUAUCCAAGAUAUAUCUCCAAAGAGCCAUCAUCAAGCUUAUGUAGAAGCUCAAGUUGUUAAAAAUUCUUGGAAAACUUUGGUGAAAAUAAGGUACACUUUUUGGCUCAAUCAAUUGCUGUACCUGAGACUCACCUUGGACAAAGCUGUAUUGGCUGCUGUUGGUUGUAUGGCCCAAAUGCAAUUAGCACAUUCCAUUUACUAAUAGCCAUGCUGCAUAUUGUGAGACCACUUCCCAUGUAGCAAAGAAAUGGGCUACAGACUUGAAAGGCCAAACCAAGUUGGAAGAUGCCAAGUUUGAUUGGAAUACACUGGGUACAUUGGUUCAAGAGGUCAAUUACAUUUAAUUGAUCUGUGACAGGGUUUCUUAUGGUUGUAGUGUUCAGAAGUGCUAUCCUCAGUCUAUUCUAUUCAUGCACAAUGGUUGGUGUUUUGGUGGAUUGCUUGAUUGGAACUCUAAACAAUACAGGAACAGUAUGCUAACUGUGAACCCAUUGGAACUCAUGCAAGUUAUGUUAGUGCCAUUAGUGUGGGAUCCAGAUGCGUUGAAAUGGGUCAGAUUGGCAGCUAUGCUUUACAACCAGAAAAUUGUCAAUUAACUACCUGCAUGAGAGCACAUUGCAUUAAGCCAAGUGAUUAUGAGAUCAUCACUGCCUAUUGAUGUAAUGGAGGAUGAAGGCAAUACAGUUUGGACUUCAGAAUUUUCAGUCA